CUCCCUCACUCACUUAGGAGGCCAUCACGCUUAGGCGAAGUUGAUUUUCGUUCAAAAACUCCCAAAAAAUCCAACUUAAUUAAAACCAUCGCGGUGGCCAACAGUUCGUGUGCGUUCCGUCCAUCCCGUCCGGCGAUUUAACGUGAGCCCUUGCCCGGUGCCCCGUUUCGAUCCGCAUCGAUUUCUCUCGCCUCGCCGCGUUUGCUCCGAGUCUCGGUCCUGCCGGUUUUUGUCCCUCCGGUCUCUGCAGCCGCCACCUCCGCGCUCGGUGAAUCCCCGAUUUUGGCCUGCAGAAUCCUUCGUUCUUUCGUGCGCAGAGUGUAGAGGGGCCCGUCUUUCCCUCGGUCUAAAUCUGUGUCCAGCAAAAGGGGGCAGACGAACCCGGACAGUGAGCAUAAACAGUUACGGACACAACUCGGAACCAGUCCGGAAAGGGGAACGACCGCGACGAGUAAAAAAAAGUGAGGCUCUCGGCCUGUGGUGCGUACGUGUUGAAGGCGAGACAAAGAGGCAGCUAGAGGAGGGCUCCAGAAACAGCGGAGAAUUAGAGCAGCAUCACCCAUCUCCGUGCCCCGAGAAAAAGCCUAGUGGCCACCAGCAGCAGCUGCAGAAAAAGACUUUCUUCCCAGCACUCGGCCGCAACACAUCCACCAACUCCCGGACGUCCAAUGUCAGAACCUCAGUCUUCGCUGCUGCUCAAGAAACAGUUGGCAGAAUUGAGCAAAAAUCCUGUCGAAGGAUUUUCGGCCGGUCUGAUCGACGAUAAUGACAUCUUCAGAUGGGAAGUACUAAUCAUCGGACCUCCAGAUACCCUUUAUGAGGGUGGCUUUUUCAAGGCUCAUCUGCACUUCCCCAAGGAGUACCCGCUAAGGCCCCCGAGGAUGAAGUUUGUCACAGAGAUUUGGCACCCGAACAUCGAUCGCAAUGGCGACGUAUGCAUUAGCAUUCUGCACGAGCCUGGCGAUGAUAAGUGGGGCUACGAGAAGGCGUCGGAACGCUGGUUGCCCGUGCACACCGUGGAAACGAUUCUGAUUUCGGUCAUAUCGAUGCUGGCCGAUCCGAACGAUGAAUCGCCGGCCAACGUGGAUGCGGCGAAGGAAUGGCGAGAGGCGUAUCCCGAAUUUAAGCGAAAGGUAGCACGAUGUGUUCGAAAGAGUCAGGAAGAUUGUUAGUAGGAUUUAUAAUACUUUUUUUUUAAAUUGUCUUAUAUUUAUUAAUUAA